AUGUCGAAACAACCUUCGUCGCAACAACAGUCUACGAAAAUGUCCCUCCAAACCGUCGCCUUCAUCCUCGGCACCCUCACCGCAACCGGGGGCAUAACAGGCUACGUGCGCGCGGGCUCCAUCCCCUCCCUCGCCGCCGGCUGCACCGUCGGCGCUCUCUACCUCCUGGGCGGCUACCGCAUCCAAAACCGCGCGACGUACGGCGUCGAGCUCGCGCUGCUGGCGAGUGUGGUGUUGGCGGGGAGUUCGAUCCCGCGGGCGAUCAAGACGGGGUUUAAGCCGCUGCCUACCGGGUUGAGUGUGCUGGCGAGUAUUGGGUUGGUGCAGUUUGGGUUGGCGUUUGCGAAUAGGUCGAGGUAG